CUUGUUUAAUUUGAUUUUCAUUCUAUGUGAAGAAGAAGAAUGGCUACCAUUGCUGUGGAUGAUCAAAGUCUAGGCAUGCAGAUAGGGAGAGGCUCAAAUCAACAUGGGGCUGUGGUAGACGAGAUUCCAGGGCUGAUAAAAGUGUACAAAGAUGGACAUGUGGAAAGACCACAAAUCGUUCCGAAUGUUAACACUGCAUUGGCUCCAGAGCUUGGUGUGACAUCGAAAGACAUGGUUAUUGACGAGUUCACAAAUGUUUGGGCACGUUUUUAUGUCCCCAAGUCCACGGAACCUCCCUUGGUCGUUUACUUCCAUGGGGGAGGGUUCUGUGUCGGCUCAGCAGCUUGGAGUUGCUACCACGAGUUUCUGGCAAAGCUAGCAGCCAAAGCUGGUUGCUUGAUCAUGUCUGUUAACUAUCGUUUAGCGCCAGAAAACCCUCUUCCUGCUGCUUAUGAUGGGUUCAAAUGUCUUACCUGGUUAAAACAGGAAGCAAGGAAUGGGUCUGGAGAAUGGUGGUCGAACCAAUGCAAUUUCUCUCGCGUCUUCUUAGCCGGUGACAGCGCCGGUGCCAAUAUCGCCCAUAAUGUGGCCGCAAGACUUGGCUCUCACAACCCAUACCUUACUCUCAAGGGUACUAUCUUAAUACAACCGUUUUUUGGAGGAGAAACACGUACGAAUUCAGAAAAGAAUAUGGUCCAGUCACCUCGCUCAGCCCUCAGCCUAGCAGCUUCGGAUACAUAUUGGCGAUUGGCUUUGCCAUGUGGCUCCAGCCUUGACCAUCCAUGGUGCAAUCCUUUGGGAAAAGCAGCAAAAAUGGAGGGGAUGAGGCUCUUGCCCACCCUAGUGUGCAUAUCAGAGACGGAUAUACUGAAAGACAGGAACCUGGAGUUCUGCGCUGCCUUGGGUAGAGCGGGGAAGAAGGUGGAGCAUGUGUUGUAUGGAGGUGUUGGCCAUGCAUUUCAGGUCCUUAGCAAGUUCCAGCUCUCACAAACUCGAACCCAUGAAAUGAUAGGCCAUGUCAAGGCCUUCAUCUAUCAGUGA